CAGUCACUCGCAAGAAGCAUAUAAGCUGUGCUUUCAGCGCUGCGUACUUUCAAAUCUCACUCAAGUUCACAACGAAAUAUCAUCGGUAUGGCAGUUACGGAAUAUCAAGAGCGAGUUUAUGCUCUUCUAUGCCAAAUCCCUCGUGGAAAAGUCUCUUCUUAUGCCGCUCUAUCAAAAGCACUAUCAUCGUCACCUCGAGCGGUCGGAGGUGCGUUAAGAAGAAAUCCGUAUGCACCUGAGGUUCCAUGUCACCGCAUUAUCUGCGCGGAUGGAUCGGUUGGAGGAUUCAAGGGAGAUGCUCAAGAUGCACCUUCAAAGAUUAAUCAGGUGGAGAAGCUAAGAUUGUUGAAGGGUGAAGGGGUACUCUUUGACGAGAAACUUAACUUGGUGGAUGGCAAUUCAUGGUGGGACGGAUUUGAUACGGAGGAAAACCAAAUGAAGAAGCCAUGGAAAUGAGUCAAGAGAGACCGGAAAUAUAAGCAAAUAUCAAUAAAGUCCAUCGUGCG